CCUCUGUGUGUUGUUCCUUGCUUAGCUCGGACACAACCCCUCUCCUGAACGGAUCCAGCCAAGACCGCAUGUUUGAAGCAAUGGCUGUGGAAAUUGAGCAACUCUUGGGGAAGCUGACCGCGGUCAACGACAAAAUGGCGGAGUACACCAACAGCGCCGGCGUCCCCUCCCUCAACGCGGCUCUGAUGCACACCCUGCAACGGCACAGAGACAUCUUACAGGACUACACCCACGAAUUCCACAAAACCAAAACCAACUUCAUGGCCGUGCGGGAAAGAGAGAACCUGAUGGGCUCGGUCCGGAAAGAUAUUGAGUCGUACAAAAGCGGUUGUGGGGUCAACAACAGGCGAACGGAACUUUUCUUGAAGGAGAACGAACACCUCCGAAACUCUGACCGGCUGAUCGAAGAGACGAUAAGCAUUGCCAUGGCCACAAAAGAAAACAUGACUUCGCAGCGAGGGAUGAUGAAAUCCAUACAAAGCAAGAUGAACACCUUGGCCAACCGUUUCCCAGCCGUGAACAGCCUCAUCCAGCGGAUCAACCUGCGGAAGCGACGCGACACCCUCAUCCUGGGGGGCGUGAUCAGCAUUUGCACCAUCCUCCUCCUCCUCUACGCUUUCCAUUGACGGAGGACGCACAGAGUGUGACUUCUGGGACCAUGUUCUGGGCGCCUGCGAAGGGGCAGGCAGACCGCUGCGGGACACCCCACCCCACCCCUCAAUCUGGGGACGCGGAGACCAAGUGACUUAGACAGGUGGACUCUCUUCCUCCUUCCUCCACAGAUGGCCACGACGGUUCCCGAAGGUUCAUCCCUCGUCCUGUCCUCCCACGUUUAAGGACACGGAUCCCUUCUUCCCGUUAAAUGUCCUUUGUCCCUUUUCUACCAUUUUGCUCUCGUCUAAAGUUAAGACCUGGCUCCCCCCCCCCCCCCCCAAAUUCAGCUGUUGUGUUUUUCUUCCAAAGGAGAUCAUUCCCCUUUUCCUACCUAACCAGUCUCCCCGAGAAAGCCCUCUCCGAUAUUUAACACAACUUCGCCCAGACUUUGCAACUUUAAAACUUUGCAACUUUAAAACUUUGGUUGGAGAUCUGAGAACUGAACCCUGGAGAGAAAUUCUUCGCCAGAUUUUUUUGAUCCUCGGGAGCCGGGAUGGUAAGUAUCCCACCGUUUUGGAGAAGACAACUUCCUUCUGGUCUCUCUUUCACAACAUCGAGAACGACCAAAACGCACCACCGGUUCACCGAGGCCGGGAAAAUGUCCAAAAACGACGAGACUUUUCAACGUGGAGAACAUUCGUGAGACAGACCCCCUCCGUGGAGACUUUUCACCCAACUGGAAGCGCCAGUCAAUAUUUUACAGAUCUUGCUGGAAAACCAGCGAGCGAUUUUCUUUUCUCCCCGAACAGCGAUGGGGAUUAAAAGAGAGCGAGUGGCAUUUUGGUAUCCGAAUCGUCGAACCGGGUAAUUUGACCAAAAGGAGUUUCCCGCAAGUCCUCGGCUUGUAUGUCCAAUUUCGGUUUUGGUUCCCGUCUUAAAAAAAGACACCAGACGUCACCCCCGCCCCCCCCCCCCCCCCCACCCUUGCUUCGAAACAAAAAUAAAAUUAAAAAAAAAGAAAAGAGAGAGAUGUCUAUUGCAUACUGCUCUUGGACCUUCCGAUGCAGAAAUCAAGAAAUUUUGACUUUUUAUCGGCAACUCGAGCCAGCCCAAGAUUCGCCUCUUCCUCCGUUGUCGUAUGCAGACGACAAUUCCCAGUUAUUAGCUUAGCCAGUGAGGAUCAUGGGAUUUGGAGUCCCCAUGGAUUCAAGGCUGGGAAGAGUGAUUUAGAGAGCCUGGUUCUCACCUCCAUUCCUACAUGGUGACAUCAUGGGCAAGUAUGGCGCCUUUUACAACUUGUGGACUUCAACUCCCAGAAUUCCUGAGCCAGCCAAAUAUGGCUGGCUCAGGAAUUCUGGGAGUUGAAGUCCAGAGGUUGUAAAAGGCGCCAUACUUGCCCAUUCCUGCAUUAAACGCUAAUAUACAAUGUUGGGGUUUUUUUUUUAAAUUUCAAAUAGAUUCUAGAAAUUAGCCACUCUACCAUAAAAGACCAGCGUGGCCUCAACUUCUUAAAUUAAUAAUCUAUUCCUUCCCUUUUCUGGUUCGCAAGACUUGUUUAAUCCUGUUAACGCUUUGAAUUGAAUAAAAACGGCAAAGGUAGUUUUUGGCUGCAAGAGAGAUUGCUCGAGGUUAGAGAAGGCUUCCUUUUGCAAAUAAACUCUUUUAUUUUGUCCCUUCCAGAAUAGGAAAAAGCAAAAAAAAGAUUCAGAGGUUUUAUCGAAUGCAUUAAAACGAGAGCUCCGUGUUAAGGAACCUGCUGUUGGGAGUUUUUUUUUAUUUUAUUCUGGUUUUUAAUUUUGUCUUUCUUCUCCGCCUAUUAGCGGUUUCUGUUCUGCUGAGAUAGGGGAAAGGGUUAUCUUGAUUAAUAAAUUAAUAAAUAAAUAAGAUCCAGUUGCAUUAUCUAGCUAACAAAAAAAAUGAAAAAAAGGCACUAUCUCUGAAUAAAACAUUUCUUUAAUUCUA